CAUGCGCAGCUGGCUACAACAAUAGACAUGAACGGCCACAACAGCAGUCGCCGCCGUGUCAAUGCUCAGGGAGGCUUCAUCAGCCCUGAUGGCCUGGCUAGCAACUCCCUUCUUGGCAGCCGCUUCAAUGGCGGUGGCAGUAAUGACGCCCACUUCAACAGCCGCUCUUUUAUAGACCGGACAUUUGACAGCCCUAACAGCCUCAUGCUCAGCACCUACAGCAGUGGCAGUAACAGCAACAGCCGUAGUGCUCCACACGGCAACAACCGCUACAAUGGCAACAGUCGUUUUGGUGGCAACGUCUCGGGCAGCAAUGGCUGUUUUGAUAACAACAGCCGGUUUGAUGGAAACAGCCGUUUUGAUAGUAACCGCUUUGAUGGCAACAGUUGCUAUGACAGCAAUAGUCGCUUUGAUGGUAGCAGUCGCUUCAAUGGCAGCAGUCGCUUUGAUAGCAAUGCCCGCUUUGAUGGCAAUGGUUGCUUUGAUGGCAGUGGUCGCUUCAACAAUAGUGGCUGCUUUGAUGGCAAUGUGCGCUUUGAAAGCAAAAGUCGUUUUGACACUCAUGGCCGCUCUGACAACAGUAAUGGCAUGUACAGAGCCAGUGCUGGUGAUUUCUUCAGCCGCUCUCACCAGGCACCAGCUGGUGACAGCUGCUCCCCCCUCAUGGGAGGUGGUUACAGGUCCUCUCAGCCAAGAGGCUUCUGGGCACAGGCUGAUGCUCGUGUCAGGAACUCUCCAAUUGCCUGGGGGAAUGAUGCUCCAGGCCCCUAUGCUUUCGACUCCAGUAGGAAUGCCUGGCAGGAGCCUUCUCUGCAGCCUGCCUUUGGUGCUACAAUGGGGGGGGUGUUGGGGUACCUUGGCAUCCACAACCUGAAGGAGGGCAAAUCUGGCCUGUUUGUGAUCACGUACCUGAACCAUCUGGUGCGCACUCGCCUGCUGCACCGAGGGCCAGACGUGGUUCUGCACUCAAGGCUGGACGAACACAACUUGGCCCUGGUCUUCCCCAGCCUAGAGCUGCUGCGUGCCUGCGUUGAGCGCCUCAGCCCCAUCAUGGUCAAGGGCAAAGUGGUUGUGUACGUCACACACAAGCCCUCCAUUCAGAACUACACGCCUGCUCUCCUUGCUCCUGUGCCCCCACCUCGCCGUGCUGGCCCUGCAGUGGGUCCCAGGGUUGUGACUCGAGGGCGGACCAGCAACCCCAUCCGAAUGCGGGGGGCACCGAUCCAGACGGGACGGCUUAUGGCGACGCGCAUUGCGCCGCCCAAAGGGCGAGAGGCCAAGGGCUUGUCAUCGCCCCGCCCCCGCGGCGUGUUUCCUGACGGCGUCCAGCCGUCCAGGGUCGUCCUCGUGGUAGACGAGGCGUCCACCGUCGCCCUCCUCGGCAGGUCGUGUGGAGACAGCGAGACCUCGCCCCUCGCCCAGCUCGAGACAGAUCUCGCUGCCCUCGCUCUCAGUGACAGCGAAACUGCUGGGGGUGCUGAAGGCUCUACUCCCAAAGUUGCGGCUACCGUUCCCCACCGAGUGCCCGUUGUACCCCACGUGGUGAGGGACCAUAUUGCCACCCCCCACAAGGCUCUGGAGCUCCUGAUGCAGCUCCCCCUCCUGCAGGAGGACAACAACCUCUUUGUGGUUGCGCCCUCUUUAGCCUGGGUCUUCGCUGGGAUCCACGCCCUCGUCGCGCCCCGGGAUGCCCUAAAGCUCUCUGCGCUGCAGGUUGGGGAGGCAGGCGCCCCGCAGGGUCGGGGGGAGGAGCGACCGACCGUCACUCCGCCGACAUCGCGCAAGAAGAAAGUGCGAUCCUGCAUGCAGGUCCUGAAGGAGGUGGUAGCAGACCACGGGUCUGUGUCGUCAGCAGACCAGGCGCUGCUCGCCAGAGCUCCCAAGUUCCCUGCUGGGUCGCUGGACAACGCUCCUGACGGGGACCUGCCUCUGCUGCGCCUGCUACUUCGGCACCUCGUGCACGGCGCCCUCACCAUCAGGAGUGGCGUGAAGGCACAGAGCCACAACAGCGAGGUGGUGUUCGCUCCCCUCGCCCCCCUCCACCUGACGGGAGAUAAGGUCGCCCAAGUCCUCACCAACGUCAUGAACGCGUCGGCCGCGGCAAGCUUAGCUUCGGUGGCCGCGGUGUCCGUGAGCCUCUACAACGCCUUCGCGUGCAACACGUGGCUGCUGGGGGGCUACACGUGCCCUCUGCUGCACGAGACGGUCAAGGCAGGAUCUACUCCGUUAGUGGAAAAAUCUGGGGAUCUCAGCCCCCAGCAACUGCGUCACCUGGAGGAGACUUUCUCCCCCACACGGGGACCCAGCCAGGAGGACGUGGCGGCUACCCUUCUGGGGAACAUUAAGUCAGUGAAGAGGGAAGACCUUUCUAAGGAAGAGGGCCUUUUGAAAGGGAAGACAUUCCUGACGGGUGAGGUGGAAGAGGAAAAUAUGGGCAUUGUGGACCUGGCUCCCUUAGGGGAUAUGGAGCUGCUGGGGGAGUCCCGUGCUGUCGUCCACCUCAGCCACACCCGCGCCCUGAGUGCUGCUAUUGGGGCAGUGCAGUCCUUGAUUAGGCGCAAGGGGGCGCUAGUGCCGUGGGGGGGCGUGGAGGUGGAGGAGGUGUCCAGGGAGGACCUGCCUGACGUCAUCACGCAGGCGGUUGCCACCUGCGUCUACUCCGUGUACAGCUGCAGUGGUCAGCAGGAGGAGUACACGUGCGUGGCAUGCGGUGGGGCAACGGUGGGGGCGGCGGUGGCGGCAGACGCCCACGCCUACACCCGCCGCCACGUCCACGCCGUCCGCCGCUUCCUGCGCAACAAGAACAACGACAACAAAGACACGAAGAACACAGGCAGCCUGGCCGACGAUAAUAACGAAGACAACAACAAAACUGCAGGAAAGAACAACAAGAAGUCGGUGCUGACCGGAACUGCAGCGCCCAAAGUCUUCGUGCCCAUCAAAAAAGAUUACCUGUCCUGCCUCAUCGCCUUCAAGGUGAUCAAGACCACGUCGGGGGCGGGGGGUGGAGAGGGGGACACGAGGGGGUUCAUUUGUCUACUGUGCUCCCCCGGGGGGAACAAAACCCCCACCCAGCUCGACAUGCCGGGGCUGCGCUUCCACUUGCACUCUCCCUACCAUAGGAAGCAGCUUAACCAGUUACUGGGAGUGCCUGUACAUCGCGCUCUGCUCAACCAGCAGCUAGACUGGCCCAUGUACUGCAGGAGGAAGCGCCACCCUGAACUGCGUGUCGUGAUCGUGUCUGACGACAUCCACCGCCCCAGCCUCAGAGCAGGGCUGGGAGCCUUCAUUGAUAAGGUUCACUUGGUCACCGUGCCAUCGCUGCUCUCUCCGCCGUGUGGGACACUGGUGCUGAAGGCUGGAUUAGACGCCCUGGGCGGCGCCUCUGCUGUGUGGGUGUUGGUGGGCGGCAGGGACGUCAUCGCCCCCACCCGCCACCUCACUGCCCCACCCACCGUCAGCACGCAACAGCUGCUUGCUGGCCUGGUGCAGCUGCAAGCUCAGCUACGUGUACAGCUACCGCCCACUCACCUGGUCCUGGUGGCUCCUCUGCUACCCCUACAACUGCUGGAGGAGGAGAAGGAGGGGUUGCAGCUCCCCGAGCUGCUGACCAACUGCAUCACCGCGGUCAGCACGCCAGUGGUCAUGGUCAGCACCGCAGUCCCCCCCGCGGUCAGCACCGCAGUGUCCGACUGCUACUUUGCCUUGCAGCGGCAGGCGAUGCGCCUGCACCGAGCCUCUGCUUCGCUCAGCAACAUCAGAGGCUUCAGCAACGUCAGAGUCGCUCCUCAUCCCUCCUCAUCCCUGGUGCCCGCCCCCUCCGUUACCCCUAUUGCAUCCCUCGCCUCAUCCCCUGCCAUCUUCGAGUCCGAGUGGCAGGUGGCGAUGCGGCACUUCGUGGCAGCGGCAGCCACGGGCCUGCCCACAAUCUGGCCGCGUCCUUUGGACCAGGAAGAUCCGAGGGCGUCCGUGGGCCCAGUCCCGGGCCAGUACGAGCUACACUCCACCAUCAGCCACGUGGUCUUUGUGAGCCCCAAGCCCUACCUCAAGAAAGGCUCCAGGUUCUCGUCCGCCAAGCCAUUGACGGUCGAAUGGACGGGAGAUAUGGACGAUGGGGCGGUGGCGGCCAUCAGGGCGAAAGCGAGCGCUGCCGACUUGGGGGAAGGUGUCGUCUGGUAUAUCGUCUGCUCCCUCUCUUCCCUCCUGUUGUGCACUGCCCGCCCCCUCCAGUGCUGCACCCACAACAACUGCACCUCGCCCAUCCCCGCGUACACCCUCCCCCCUAGGUGGCAGGAAGAGUGUGGGGUUAAGAUGACGCGCGUGUGGGAGUUCCUGACGCAGCUGACGUGUGAGCUUCCCCGGGGGAACUUCGUGGGUCUCGCUCCGCCCUUCCCCCAGGGGGUAGUGCGGGUCCCCCACGCCGACCCCGUCACCCACGCUGCGGUCCACGCGCUUGCCUCGUCUGGAGCGAUGUUCACGGAGACGGAUGCCGGCGAGCUGAGCAGAGGCCUGCAGGCCGCGGCGGCAGCCUGCUCUGAUCUCAUCGUCAAGACCAACCUGCACACCAGCCUUCCUGAAGACCUGCUGAGUCCUGUGCUGGUACAGGAGCUGGAGGAGGCCGUGGCAGGGACGCCUGAAGGACCAGGGCUGCAGUGGUGCCGCGUCAUCAACGCCCUCACCGCCUCGCACUGCUCCACCCUGCAAGUGGAACUGAACGACGUCGCGCCGAGGCUACUGAGCGCGGCACCCAGCGCUCGACCCUGAGGCGCGUCGGGCGCCCCUGAGACGCGUCGGGCGCCCCUGAGGCGCGUCAAGCGACCCUGAGGCGCGUCAAGCGACCCUGAGGCGCGUCAAGCGACCCUGAGGCGCGUUGGGCGCCCCUGAGGCGCGUUGGGCGACCCUGAGGCGCGUUGGGCGACCCUGAGGCGCGUCAGGCGACCCUGAGGCGCGUCAGGCGACCCUGACCAACCCAAGUUACGGAUUCCGAUUCGUCGAUUCAAUUUUGUUCGCUCGUUUACUUUUCUUUUGUGAAAGAAAACUUUGCUGUUAUUCAAUGCUUCGUAUGUUUGGUUUAAAAAGGCGAUGAUACAAUCAUCUAAUAACCAACGUGUUAUUUCCUUCAAUGAGUAAUUUAUUUGUUGCAAUCUCAUCAUAUGAUUGGUCAUGAAAUAACCAUUGUAUGAAUGCGUUCAUAAAUGCACGUGAUAAUUCAAUGGCGAACUCAUUGGGAAGUAAGAGUCGAGUGCUACAUUCCGCCUGUCUGUGUUUGCAACAACACAAUUGUUUUCCGAUUUUAUGUUCGUUUUGAAAUAGCACUUUUCUUAUUACUGACGAAUAAUAAUGAUUCAUAGCCUAAAGUAAUUAUUUUAUUUAUAGAUUGAAAUAUUUUUCUUCUUCGAAAACUCAUCUAUGAAAGUUCUUCAAUUGAAAUAAAUUGAAAAUGAAAAAAAUUUC